ACUCUUCAGUCCGGCAGACAUCAACAAGAGAGCGGGGUCCAUGUUCGCCAUAUAGUCCCAUUUCAACCCAAGCCUUUUUUUUUUGGACUAACUUUACGCAAACUCGCAGCAAGAUGUUUGGCUUUCACAAGCCCAAAAUGUACCGGAGUCUGGACGGCUGCUGCAUCUGCCGAGCAAAGUCCUCCAGCUCUCGCUUCACCGACAGCAAGCGCUAUGAGAAAGACUUCAGGAGCUGCUUUGGACUGAGUGAAACACGAUCCGGGGAAAUCUGCAACGCUUGCGUGCUCCUGGUGAAGAGAUGGAAGAAGCUACCUGUGGGAACCAAAAAGAACUGGAACCACGUGGUGGAUGCUCGAGGAGGUCCGAGUCUGAAGUUGACCUCCAGGCCCAAGAAGAUGAAGUCCAUGGCCAAGAAAGCACGCCCGAGUCAGAUCAGCAGGCUGCAGAAAGAACUCAAAAGAAACAACUCCGACGCCCACAGCACCACGUCCAGCACCUCCCCCGCUCAGUCCCCCAGCUACAGCAACCUGUCUGACGACGGCUCCGACACGGAGCUCAGUCGGGGCUCCGGACGCUCGCCCGUUUUCUCCUUCCUGGACCUCACCUACUGGAGAAGACAGCGGGUGUGUUGUGGAAUCAUCUACAAGGGUCGCUUCGGGGAGGUGCUCAUCCACCCGCACCUCUUCAAACCCUGCAAGAAGCAGCAGCAGGACAGGACGAAGAAGAGGAGGAGGAGGAGGAGGAGGAGGCGGAGGCCGACCCCACCCAGGUGGCCGUCAGUCGGAUGUCGCCCCCGCCCGACCAGCCGGCCAAGGAGUCGCCCGCCUGCGGCCAGAGCGCUGCCACCAUGUCCGACAAAGUCUGGUAAUCAUCUCGGAAGAAGAAGAAAAGGUUGCUCCUUUUCCAAGAAGCACUUACACGAAGGAGUCGCCUUCUUCCACCACCAGCAGCAAGCAGCUGAACAUCACAACCGUGCUGGAGGUUUAGUACGUCUUUGACUCUCACUCUUCCACUUCUUUCCUGUCUUUCCAUGCACCUUUUACUUUGAAGUCCACAAUGCAAUACAUCCCACUUCUUCCUGGGGACGCUGCUAGCUUUCAAGUUGCGUACAAACCAGCUCCUCCUGGAGAAGAGUCAGAAUCUGCAGUGGAUUUAGAAGGUGAACAAAUAGCAUUACUCAGCACGCUAAUAUUACAUCAAAUCAACACAUUAGAUCAAAUCUGCACAUAUUUUCCAAUUGGAUUCAGGUCUGGGCUCUGGUAUUUGGACAUACAGUACAGGCCACCUUCUCAUUCAAUGUGUUUUCUUUAUUUUCAGGACUAUUUACAUUGUAGAUUGUCACAACAAAACUAUAAAUGAACACAUGAAAAAGGUGAAAUAACUGAAAACACGUUUUAUAUUCUAGUUUCUUCAAAAUAGCCACCUUUUGCUCUGCUUUGCGCACGCUUGGCAUUCUCUCCGUGGGCUUCAAGCACACCUGUGAAGUGAAAACCCCCAUUUCAGGCGACUACCUCUUGAAGCUCGUGGAGAGAAUGCCAAGAGUGUGCAUAUGCCAAUUUUGCAUGCAGGGGGCAAGAUAUACACCACGUUUUCUUGGCACGUCUCUUUUAUUUUGAAAAGACUGGUGCAGGGUCAUUUUAACCGGGCCACCUUCACCUUCUACAGCCACUGUAAAAAUCCAGUUGGGCUUUUGCAACCCGUUGGCGACUCAACGUGCUUCAACACGGGCGUCUUCACACACACACACACACACACACACACACACACACACACACACACACACACACACACACACACACACACACACACACACACACAUAUUUUUUUGUAUUUCUUACCUUCUUGAGACCUGAGAAUAAUGCCUCCCCCUAUAGGCCCACUUUUUCUAGAUAUAUAAAGAUGUGUAUUUACAACAUUAAUAAUAUAUACAUACUAUGCAAAUAUAAAAAAGCUUGUUGUGAAAAAUGAGUUGGAAUUUCACAAGAAAAAGGUCACAAUUUCACAAGGAAAACGUAGAAUUUUGGCUGUAUUAUAGUAAAAGUCGUCAUUUUACUCAACGCAAGUCAACAUUUUGCAAGAAAAACUGAACAUUUGUGCAAUAUUAUGAUAAAAGUUGUAGUUUUACUCAAUAACAGUCGCAAUUUUACAAGAAAAGCUUAAAAUGUUGGCAAUUUUAUGGAAAGAGUCGUAAUUUUACUUGACAAAAGUCACAAUUUUUUAAGAAAACUUUAACAAUUUGGCAAUAUUAUAAUAAUAAUCGGAAUUUUACUUGGCAAAAUGAUGACAAAAGUCACAAUUUUACUCAAAAAAUGUCACUAUUUUACAAGAACACCAAAAAAAAUUGGCAAUGUUGUGAUAAAAGUCAGAAUUUUGUAUGACAAAUGUCACCAUUUUGCAUUAAAAAGUCAUAAUUUUACAUAAAAAAGUCAUAAUUUUAUGAAAAGAGUCGAACUUUUACUCGAUAAAAGUCGCAAUUUUUUAAGAAAACUUUAACAAUUUGGCAAUAUUAUAAUAAUAAUCUGAAUUUUACAUGGCAAAAUGAUGACAAGUCAUAAUUUUACUCAAAAAAUGUCACUAUUUUACAAGAACAAAAAAAAUUGGCAAUAUUGUGAUAAAGUCAGAAUUUUGUAUGACAAAUGUCACCAUUUUGCAUUAAAAAGUUAUAAUUUUACAUUAAAAAGUCAGAAUUUUGGGCAAUUUUAUGAAAAGAGUCGAAAUUUUACUCGACCAAAGUCACAAUUUUAUAAGAAAACUUUAAAAUGUUGGCAAUAUUAUAAUAAUAAUCUGAAUUUUACUUGGCAAAAUGAUGACAAAAGUCAUAAUUUUACUCAAAUAAUGUCACUAUUUUACAAGAACAACAAAAAAAAUUGGCAAUAUUGUGAUAAAAGUCAGAAUUUUGUAUGACAAAUGUCACCAUUUUGCAUUAAAAAGUCAGAAUUUUACAUAAAAAAAGUCAUAAUUUUGGGCAAUUUUAUGAAAAGAGUCGGAAUUUUACUCGACAAAAGUCACAAUUUUUUAAGAAAACUUUAACAAUUUGGCAAUAUUAUAAUAAUAAUCGGAAUUUUACUUGGCAAAAUGAUGACAAGUCAUAAUUUUACUCAAAAAAUGUCACUAUUUUACAAGAACAACAAAAAAAAUUGGCAAUAUUGUGAUAAAAGUCAGAAUUUGGUAUGACAAAUGUCGCCAUUUUGCAUUAAAAAGUAAUAAUUUUACAUAAAAAAAUCAUAAUUUUGGGCAAUUUUAUGAAAACAGUCGAAAUUUUACUCGACCAAAGUCACAAUUUUAUAAGAAAACUUUAAAAUGUUGGCAAUAUUAUAAUAAUAAUCAGAAUUUUAUUUUGCAAAAUUAUGACAAAAGUCAUCAUUUUACUCAAAAGUCACUAUUUUUUUUACAAGAACAACCAAAAAAAAUGUCAAUAUUGUGAUAAAAGUGAAUUUUAUAUGACAAAUGUCACCAUUUUGCAUUAAAAAGUCAUAAUUUUACAUAAAAAAAUCAUAAUUUUGGGCAAUUUUAUGAAAACAGUCGAAAUUUUACUCGACCAAAGUCACAAUUUUAUAAGAAAACUUUAAAAUGUUGGCAAUAUUAUAAUAAUAAUCGGAAUUUUACUUUGCAAAAUUAUGACAAAAGUCAUAAUUUUACUCAAAAGUCACUAUUUUACAAGAACAACCAAAAAAAUUGUCAAUAUUGUGAUAAAAGUGAAUUUUAUAUGACAAAUGUCACCAUUUUGCAUUGAAAAGUAACAAUUUUACAUAAAAAAGUCAUACAUUUACAUAGUUAUCAUUUUACGAGAAUAUAUUGCAAUAUUACAGAAACCGAAUAUGAGAAAUUGUUCCCAAUUUUAUAAGAAAAACGUCGACACAUUGUGACAAAAAGACUGCUUUUAUUUAUUAAAUGUUUUGUUUGUAAUUGUUUUUUAAUCUUCAUUAUUUACUUCAAGUUAUUACAGUAUGUCUUUAUUUACAUAUUUAUUUUAUUUCUUAAGUAAUUUUGGCCAAAGGGGGCGCAUUUCAACUUAUUUCAUUUGUUGGCCAGAGGGGGCCUGCACUUCAAAUUUUUACACACACUUGUUAUUUCAUAUGUUGACCAGAGUGAUCCCUCCUUUUUGGGACCACCAGGGGGUGCAAAUGAGACAUUGUCUAUUAGAUGCAAUGUUAUCGGGACCAUGAUUUAUGUCCUCACUUGUUCACACCUCAUAUGGAAGCUACUUUCCCUUGUUGAUGUCUCAAGAAGGGUAGAAAUACAAGAACACACACACACACUCGAUGGUAGCAUCAGCAGCGUCCUCUCCCGUCUUGUAGGAGUUUAUCCUCUGUGGAAAAGAAGGCCUGUUCACAGCUCCAACAGCAAACACAGCAGCCUUACUUACAAAGUGCGGCUCAGGGGCCAUUUCCAGGACCCGCUCGUUUUUUUAUUCGCCCUUCAAAAAAUUAAUGUAAUGAUCAUUUAGCUUUGAGCUACAACACAAAGCUAAAAUGUGGAUGUUUUGUUCCGAUAGCUUAGCAUAUACUGUAUAUAUAUAUAUACGUCGUUUUGAUUGAAACGCUCAUUUCACGCACAAAAUGUAUCAAGGUGGACCCCCCGGCUUGGUUGGGACACCCCUGGCUUCUUGUUUAUUCCGCUUUGGUUUCGAGGAACAACUAAAAAGGGAUUUGAAGCGAUAUUUAUCGUGGCCUCAGCAACACGUAGCGCAUUUUUAUUCCCUGCAUGACGACCCUCCAAACACCCGGCGAUCUGAUGCACGAGUCGACUAAAUUGCAUGGCCUUAUUUAAACUUUUUUAAAUUUUUGUUUGGGAUCGAUUUCUCCCGAGUUUAUUUUUGUAUGUAAAGAAGUGGGAAAAAAGAUAAGAAAAAAGUGAAACUUAGAAGUGUUUUUGCAUAACAAUAAGCCACAAUAUGACAGCGAAAACACACAUUCUUGUAUUUCUUACCUUCUUGAGACCUGAGAAUAAUGCCUCCCUCUUUAGGACCAGCCUUUCUAGAUAUAUAAAGAUGUGUAUUUACAACAUUAAUAAUAUAUACAUACUAUGCAAAUAUAAAAAAAAGGUUGUUGUGAAAAAUUAGUUGGAAUUUUACAAGAAAAAGGUCACAAUUUCACAAGAAAAACGUAGAAUUUUGGCAGUAUUGUAAUAAAAGUCGUCAUUUUACUCAACACAAGUCAAAAUGUUACAAGAAAAACUGAACAUUUGUGCAAUUUUAUGAUAAAAGUUGGAAUUUUACUCAAUAACAGUCGCAAUUUUACAACAAAAGCUGAAAAUGUCGGCAACUUUAUGAAAAGAGCCGUCUUUUUACUCGACAAAAGUCACAGUUUUAUAAUAAAAGUCAUAAUUUUACUAAAAGCAAGUCAAAAUUUUACAAGAAAAACUGAACAUUUGUGCAACGUUAUAAUAAAAGUUGGAAUUUUACUCAAUAACAGUCGCAAUUUUACAAGAAAAGCUGAAAAUUUGGGCAAUUUUAUGAAAAGAGUCGUAAUUUUACCCGACAAAAGUCACAAUUUUAUAAGAAAACUUAACAUUUUUGGCAACUUUAUGAAAAGAGUCGCAAUUUUAUAAGAAAACUUUAAAAUGUUGGCAAUAUUAUAAUAAUAAUCGGAAUUUUACAUGGCAAAAUUAUGACAAAAGUCCUAAUUUACUCAAAAAAUUUCACUUUUUUACAAGAACAACAAAAAAAUUGGCAAUAUUGUGAUAAAAUUCAGAUUUUUAUACGACAAAUGUCACCAUUUUUGCAUUAAAAAGUAAUAAUUUUACAUAAAGUACAAAUUUUAUGAGAAAAUAUUGCAAUAUUACAGAAACAGAACGAAUAUGAGAAAUGGUCCCCAAUUUUAUAAGAAAAAAAAGACUGAUUUUAGUUAUUUUUUGUUUGUAAUUAGUUUUGAAUCUUCGUUAUUUAUUUCUAGUUAUUACACCAUGUCUCUAUAUACAUAUAUAUUCAUUUAUUUUUAAUACAUUUUGGCCAGAGGGGGCACAUAUAAUAAUAAUAAUCAGAAUUUUACUUGGCAAAAUGAUGACGAAAGCCAUAAUUUUACUCAAAAAAGUCACUAUUUUACAAGAACAACAAUAAAAUUGGCAAUAUUGUGAUAAAAGUCAGAAUUUUAUAUGACAAAUGUCACCGUUUUUGCAUUAAAAAGUAAUAAUUUUACAUUAUAAAAUUAAUAAUUUUACAAGAAAAUAUUGCAAUAUUACAGAAACAGAAAUAAUGACAAAUUGUCCCCAAUUUUAUAAGAAAAAAGUCGACACAUUGUGGGAAAAAAAGACUGCUUUUAUUUAUUUUUUGUUUUGUAAUUAGUUUUGAAUCUUUAUUUAUUUCUAGUUAUUUCAGUAUGUCUCUAUAUACAUAUCUAUUCAUUUAUUUUUUAUACAUUUUGGCCAGAGGGGGCGCAUUUCAAUUUCUCACGCACACUUGUUAUUUCAUAUGUAUACCAUGUGAAAAAUCCCUCCUUUUUAGGACCACCCUCAUUUUCACCACCAGGGGGUGCAAAUGAGACAUUGUCUAUUAGAUGCAAUGUUAUUGGGACCAUGAUUUAUGUCCUCACCUCCUCAUAUGGAAGAUACUUUUCCUUCUUCAUGUCUCAAGAAGGGCAGAAAUACAAGAACACACACACACACACACACACACAUAUUCUUGUAUUUGUUACAUUCUUGAGACCUGAGAAUAAUGCCUCCCUCUUUAGGACCAGCCUUUCUAGAUAUAUAAAGAUGUGUAUUUACAACAUUAAUAAUAUAUACAUACUAUGCAAAUAUAAAAAAAGCUUGUUGUGAAAAAUGAGUCGGAAUUUUUCAAGAAAAAUGUCACAAUUUCACAAGAAAAACGUAGAAUUUUGCCAGUAUUGUAAUAAGUCGUCAUUUUACUCAACGCAAGUCAAAAUGUUACAAGAAAAACGGAACAUUUGUGCAAUAUUAUGAUAAAAGUUGGAAUUUUACUCAAAAACAGUCGCAAUUUUACAAGAAAAGCUGAAAAUUUGGGCAAUUUUAUGAAAAGAGUCGUAAUUUUACUCAACAAAAGACACAAUUUUAUAAGAAAACUUAACAUUUUUGGCAAUAUUAUAAUAAUAAUCAGGAUUUUACUUGAGUAAAAUUAUGACUUUUGCCAUAAUUUUGCCAAUGCAAGUCCAAGUUUCAAAAUAAAAACAUAGAAUGUUGGCAGUAUUAUAAUAAAAGUCAUAAUUUUACUAAAGGCAAGUCAAAAUUUUACAAGAAAAACUGAACAUUUGUGCAAUAUUAUGAUAAAAGUUGGAAUUGAACUCAAUUUUACAAGAAAAGCUUAAAAUGUCGGCAACUUUAUGAAAAGAGUCGUAAUUUUACUCGACAAAAGUCACAAUUUUAUAAGAAAACUUUAAAAUGUUGGCAAUAUUAUAAUAAUAAUCAGAAUUUUACUUGGCAAAAUUGUGACAAAAGUCAUAAUUUACCCAAAAAAUGUCACAAUUUUACAAGAAAAGCUUAAAAUGUUGGCAACUUUAUGAAAAGGGUCCUAAUUUUACUCGACAAAAGUCACAAUUUUAUAAGAAAACUUUAAAAUGUUGGCAAUAUUAUAAUAAUAAUCAGAAUUUUACUUGGCAAAAUGAUGACGAAAGUCAUCAUUUUACUCAAAAAAGUCACUAUUUUACAAGAACAACAAAAAUAUUGGCAAUAUUGUGAUAACAUUCAGAUUUUUAUACGACAAAUGUCACCAUUUUUGCAUUAAAAAGUAAUAAUUUUACAUAAAGUACAAAUUUUACGAGAAAAUAUUGCAAUAUUACAGAAACAGAACGAAUAUGAGAAAUGGUCCCCAAUUUUAUAAGAAAAAAAGACUGCUUUUAGUUAUUUUUUUGUUUGUAAUUAGUUUUUAAUCUUUGUUAUUUACUUCUAGUUAUUACAGUAUGUCUUUAUAUACAUAUAUAUUCAUUUAUUUUUAAUACAUUUUGGCCAGAGGGGGCACAUAUAAUAAUAACAAUCAGAAUUUUACUUGGCAAAAUGAUGACGAAAGCCAUAAUUUUACUCAAAAAUGUCACUAUUUUACAAGAACAAUAAAAUUGGCAAUAUUGUGAUAAGUCGGAAUUUUAUAUGACAAAUGUCACCAUUUUUGCAUUAAAAAGUAAUAAUUUUACAUAAAAAAGUAAUAAUUUUACAAGAAAAUAUUGCAAUAUUACAGAAACAGAAAUAAUGACAAAUUGUCCCCAAUUUUAUAAGAAAAAUGUUGACACAUUGUGGAAAAAAAGACUGCUUUUAUUUAUUUUUUGUUUGUAAUUAGUUUUGAAUCUUUGUUAUUUACUUGUAGUUAUUACAGUAUGUCUCUAUAUACAAUUAUAUUAAUUUAUUUUUGAUACAUUUUGGCCAGAGGGGGCGCAUUUCAAUUUCCUCACACACACUUGUUAUUUCAUAUGUUGACCAUGUGAAAAAUCCCUCCAUUUUGGGACCACCCUCAUUUUCACCACCAGGGGGUGCAAAUGAGACAUUGUCUAUUAGAUGCAAUGUUAUUGGGACCAUGAUUUAUGUCCUCACCUCCUCAUAUGGAAGAUACUUUUCCUUGUCUCAAGAAGGCUAGAAAUACAAGAACGCGGUCAAUCAGCCAUACCAUUAUCAGUUAAUCCCGGGUUAGUUUAUGAUCAAAAAGUACUUUACUGGUUUUGUGAUAGUCACACGGAUGAAAUGUUGAGUUAAAUAGGCGUUGAUGUUGGUUUUCUUUCCGGAAUUUGUGCUGGGACACAUCUUUACUUCACCACACGACAUACUUCCUGUGUGUAGAUACUACUUCAUUCAUCAAGUGGAAGCCAAAGCGCAUUAAAUUCACCCAAGCAGGUUUUCCUCCGGGCCAGAGUCCGAGGUCAGGUGUAUGUUUAUGUUCAUGUUACGGCUUGAAACAACGACACUAAUAUGAAAUGGCACAGGGGUGUUGUGUGUGUGUAUAUAAGUCAGGGGCUAGGUGGGUUUCUUUAUUUAUUUAUUAUUUUCUAUUUAUUUCUAUUGAGUGUCAACGUUUUGAGUUAUUUCCCGCUUAUGCCUAACAUGCGUCGUAACAGGAAGGAACAAUCAUAAUUGUAAUUGUCUCGCCAGGUUAGUUUCACACCAUGGAAGUGUUUAUUUAUUCUGCUCCUCGUUUUGAGUUGCGCGUGACCUAACUUAUUAUCCGCCGCCACCACUUUAGGCGCGUUGUGGUGUAGACUGAGCGGCGAAGACCCUCUUUGGCGGUCUCUAGGAUCCCUACUUGCAUGUGUCCUUGCUAUGCAUUUAUGUGGCUUACCAGUUAGACCGAGCAGUUUUGUAUUUUUUUAUACAUCAUGUACUUUUUUUACUUGUCCCUUUUAAUAAAAGUACUUUUGUGAGUUUUACGGACAUA